CUGGGGCUUCUGCCGGUCUCAAUCCCGGAUGAGGGGGAGGGCUGUCCAUGGGAUAGCGUCCUCAUCUUGUAGAAAACUAAAACGCUAACCAGAAGAAAUAAUGCAAAUCAUUUAAGCUCUACUCUGGGAGUUAGGAGGUCUUCAUUUAGAAGGGUUCUGACGUCCCUUCAUGAAAGCCGAAUUCCUCCGGAAGUCAGUAGGCUAAUGUCCUGACAUCCGGAGCAAUCAUUAAUUUAAGUACAUGUAAUGUUCAUACAAGGUGCGAGACCACGAAAGUCAUCCAAGUUGCUGCAGAGAUGAAAAGAUACAACAUGGAGCUGCUUGGAAUCAGUGAAACAUAUUGGACGCAGGUUGGACAACAAAAACUAGAUUAUGGAGAGCUGCUGAUAUACUCAGGCCAUGAAAAAUAAAAUGCUCCACUUACACAAGGAGUUGCACUGAUGCUAUCCAAACAGGCGCAAAAAUCACUUACAGGAUGGGAAUGUCAUGGAUACAGGAGCAUCAAAGCCUCCAAAACAAAGAAAGAGGGAAUUAAAUUGAACGUCAUCCAAUGCUAUGCGCGUACCAACGAUCACAAUGAAGACGUUAAAGAUCAAUUCUAGGAUAGGCUGCAGUCAAUCGUUGAGAAAUGCCCAUUCUGAUGGGAGACCUAAAUGCCAAGAACCAAGAGAGGAGCUAAUAUAGCCUCAGAUCGUCACUUUCUGGUCACCAAGAUGAAGCUGAAACUGGACAACGGGCGGACGACAUCACAAAAGUUUAGUACGGCCUUUCUUUUGGGACAUUGACAGACUCAAAAAAUUCAAGAUAGCCCUAAGCAAUAGGUUCCAGGCCUUUCACGGGCUGCUCAAUGGAGAGGGAACUACUAUGGAGAACAACUGGGAGGCAAUCAAUUCAACAUGUCAUGAGGUUCUGGGCAACAAGGAAUGGAUUACUGUUGAUACACUGGAUAAGAUUCAAGAAAUAAGGAACAAGAAGUCAUCAAUCAAUACUAGCCGAACAAGAGCAGAAAAAGCCAAGGCACAAGCUGAAUACACGGAAAUAAACAAACAAUUGAAGAGGAACAUAUGUGGAAGAUUUAACAAUGACGGCGGAAAAGGCUGCAAGAGAAGGAAACAUGAGACAAUUGUAUGACACGACAAAGAAACUCUCUGGAAAUCGCCGCGAACCAGAACGACCAGUGAAAAGCAAGGAAGGCGAGGUAAUCACCAACAUUGAAGAACAACAAAACAGGUGGGUAGAACACUUCAAAGAACUCUUGAAUCGACCAGCUCCACUGAACCCACCCAACAUCGAAGCAGCACCCACGGACCUCCCAAUCAAUGUUGGCCCACCAACAAUUGAAGAAAUCAGCAUGGCCAUCAGACAAAUCAAGAGUGGCAAAGCAGCAGGACCGGACAACAUCCCAGCAGAGGCACUAAAAGCAGACGUAGCGGCAACUGCAAGGAUACUCCACAUUCUCUUCAGCAAAAUUUGGGAUGAGGAGCAAGUACCAACAGACUGGAAAGAAGGACUCCUGAUCAAAAUACCGAAGAAAGGCGAUCUCAGCAAGUGUGAUAACUACAGGGGCAUCACUCUUCUCUCAAUACCGGGAAAAGUCUUCAACAGGGUAUUGUUAAACAGGAUGAAGGACUGCGUAGACGCCCAACUUCGUGACCAACAGGCAGGAUUCCGUAAGGAUAGAUCGUGUACAGACCAAAUCGCAACUCUACGGAUCAUUGUGGAACAAUCAAUUGAAUGGAAUUCAUCACUCUACAUCAACUUCAUUGACUACGAAAAGGCAUUUGAUAGCGUGGACAGAACAACACUAUGGAAGCUUUUUCGACACUACGGCGUGCCUCAGAAGAUAGUUAAUAUCAUACGGAAUUCCUAUGGUGGAUUAAACUGCGAAAUCGUGCAUGGAGGACAGUUGACGAAGUCGUUCGAAGUAAAGACCGGUGUCAUGCAAGGUUGCUUACUCUCAUUCUUUCUCUUUCUCCUGGUGAUCGACUGGAUCACGAAGACGUCAACGUCUGAAGGGAAGCACGGGAUACAAUGGACAUCUAGGAUGCAGCUGGACGAUCUAAACUUUGCAUGUGAUUUAGCUCUUCUAUCGCAAUCGCAACAACAAAUGCAGGAGAAGAUGAAUAGUGUGGCAGCAGCAGUAGGUCUCAAUAUACACAAAGGGAAAAGCAGGAUUCUCCGAUACAACACAGCAUGCACUAAUCGAAUGACAAUUGACGGAGAAGAUUUGGAAGAUGUAAAAACCUUUACAUAUUUGGGCAGCAUCAUUGAUGAACAGGGUGGAUCUGAUGCAGAUGUGAAGGCGCGGAUCGGCAAAGCAAGAGCAGUAUAUUUACAACUGAGGAACAUCUGGAGCUCAAAGCAACUGUCAACCAACACCAAGGUCAGGAUUUUCAAUACAAAUGUCAAGACAGUUCUACUGUAUGGGGUAGAAACUUGGAGAACUGUGAAAGCCGUCAUCCAGAAAAUACAGGUGUUUAUUAAAAGUUGUCUACGCAAAAUACUUCGGAUCCGUUGGCCGGACACUAUUAUCAACAACCAACUGUGGGAGAGAACAAACCAGAUUUCAGCGGAGGAAGAAAUCAGGAAGAAGCGAUGGAAGUGGAUAGGGCACAUUGAGGAAAGCACCCAACUGCGUCACAAGACAAGACCUCAGAAUCCUCAAGGCCAAAGAGAAAGAGGAAGAACAAAGAACACAUUACGCCGAGAAAUGGAGACAGACACGAAAAGAGUGAACAGCAAUUGGAUAGAUCUAGAAAGGAGUGCCCAGGACAGACUGGGUUGGAGAAUGAUGGUCGACAGCCUAUGCUCCAUUGGGGGUAACAGGCCUAAGUAAGUAACAAAGGCAAGAUCUUUAUUGAGAUAACGAGGAUUUUUAAAUGGUAAAUAUGGAAAUGUAACUUAAAAAGCAUUAUGUAUGGCUUGCGAAACGUCUCAUUGUCAAGCACAUUGAAAUGCAACCAAUGUUAAAUGCAAAACUGUUUAUAUGUAUCAUUACCAAGGUUUGAUUAGAUAAUUUCGAAUAAAUUGAGCAUUGGGUAGAUUGUUAUAAAUAAGUAAUAUGUUUGUAAUAUCCCAAUGAGUAGAAAAUUAGAUUUUCUACUCAUUGGGAUAUUGCGAAACUGUUUAGUUGAAAUAUUACUAUCAUUUUACUUUCAUAUACUUUAUUCCGAAAAAUAAAAUUUGGAUGUCGUAUGAGAUUUCUUUUACGUAGAGAUUUAUAUCAUUUGUCAAUAUAAGCCAUUGUCAUAAUUUUCCCUGACUGACUUAUUGAUCGGAAAACUAUCCUCAUUCGGUCAGUGUUUAAAUAACAUAUUUUCUAUUGCUGUGAUUCCUAUAACGUGUUUGUAGGUAUUUUAGUUACUUUCGAUGUUAGUCUGCAAUCUACGGAAACAAAUGUUUAUGACCUUUGGAGCAUACAACAAGAAAAAUAAAGUUAAUGAAGAGACUAGCUUAGGUUAUCAGCAACUUUCUUAAUACUCAGUAAAUUUGUACCUGGAACUAUUUAAGUUGAACUUUCACGAAAGAUUUUAUUUCACUUGUCUGAAGUUGUCCACAACUUCCUUGUGUAACGGUAGGCUGGAUGGAAGGACAUAAAUUUAUCAAAGGUUAGGACUUGGAAUGAAAUGUUUGUUAAAGAUUACAUUCAUAUUCAGUAUUCACCUACUAAACGAACUGGGAAAUGGUCAAAGUGUCGGGAAUAACGUUCACAUUAUAACCGUUGACUAUAACCAACUCAUCAAAGAAAUCUAGUAAACUGUCCUUACAUGCAAUAACAUAUCACAAGGGUACUGAGCAUAAACUACCUCGCAAGUUGGAAAAUUUAAAAUCUUGAAUAAAUAUAAACUUUGAUUUAUGUUUUGGU